ACUUUAGGGAAUAGGGAUUAAAUUAUUUAUAUUUAUUUGAUUCUUUAUUACUUGUUAUGUAAACGGGUUAUUGCAGUAGCACACUUUUGUCAUAAAAUGGAAGAAGUCGAUAAAAUAAUUCUUCAAUCGUUCAAGGAAAUCGGUUGCACCUUUGAAGAAGACGUGGUAAGCCUACGGCAGUUCACAGCUGAAAUGGUUGUAGCAGCAGCAGCUCGGUGUAUUAAUGUCAUACAACCAGGACUCGACAUUCCCUCAAAACUGCCUCCUUCCAUGUCCUCGAGGUAUAAACUGGGGACUGUGAUAGCGGAAGCUUGCAUCGAAUUGGGAUAUACUGGAGAGAUUGGUUAUCAGACAUUUCUGUAUGCGUCUGAAGCUGAUGUUAGAAAAGUGUUUAUGUUUCUGGUUGAGAAGUUGCCGAAAGAAUCAGACAAAACGUCUUCACAACCUGAAGAAUCAUCGUCCAGUUUGCGCCAGAGGUUUUCCAUAGCCUUGAGACAGCAGCUGACAAUACCUCACUGUCCCUCGGAGUCUACCUCGGCUUCAACAUCCUUCGUCUCCGUGCCUCUCGAGACUGGAAUCUCUCUCCCCGGCCAGAAGAGGGACUGUACGCCUCAAGAAUGGCGAGAAUAUUGUGUUCACCGGUUGCCGUUCCUCCACGAACAAGUUCCGCACACCAGCCUAUUACUCCCCUCCAUCAUCUCACAUCACGCGCAGACCUGUCUCGGACUUCCUGUCUCCUCUGCUACCCCCUCCACUCCCCUCGAUGCAGCCUCUUCUUCCUCUCCACCAGUCAACUCAUGGAUGCAGAUUGCCUCGUCUCUUCUGUACACCAAGGAGCCAAGUAAAAAAUGGGAAAAGAUUCCAGAGAAGGAGGAUAAAGAACCAGAGGUAGAGGAACAAGAGAAGAAUGAAGUUAACGAGCAAGAAGAACUAGAGAGAUUGAGGGAGAGAAUGGACCAGCUUACCGUAGACAUUAAGACUGUAACCAGCAAACUUACUCAGGUGGCCACAGAGAGACAGAAGCAAGAGGCAGUGCUGUCGAAGCGCAAGCGUGAGGCUGACCUAAGACAGACGACGCUAGACUUGCUACCCGACAGUGCUGCCAACACGAGCAAGCUGCAGGAACUGGUGGAGGAGCAGGCGAGGACUCUACUGAGACUGGGCACUCAGUGGGAGAAACAUCGAGCGCCUCUAGUGGCGCGGUAUAGGGAGGCGCGAGGACGGCUCAGUGACAAGGCCUCAGAGAGUGCCAGACAACUGGAGACAGCCAGACAGACGAGAGAGAGACUGAGGGAGAUGAAGGAAGAGUUGGCAGUCAAGGAGGCGUUACAAGCCAGACUGCAGCAAGACUAUGAUAAGCUGUCCAACACUCAAGUCACCAGAACUGCUUACACAAGAAGAAUCCUGGAAAUCAUCGGCAACAUAAAGAAGCAGAGAGAAGAGAUAGAUAAGAUUGUGGAAGACACCAAGCAGUUGCAGAGAGAUAUUAAUAUUGUCUCAGACCGAGUAGAUAGAUCCUUCACUUACGCAGAUGAACUUAUAUUCAGGGACUGUAAACAAGACAACGCGUCUCGUAAAAUCUACAAACUCCUGAUGCAGCUACAUUCCGAGUGCCGCCAAGUGGUGGAGAUGAUCGAAGAGACGGGCGCCACAGUGAGAGAGAUCAGAGACUUGGAAGAACAGAUUGAAGUGGAGAGGGCGAAAGAUACAGCGUCUAAGUUGGAGAGGAUUUCUGCAGAUCUGCGCCAGAUGAAGCAAGAGUCGACGGCCUUGAGAGCUCAGCUGGCGCGUGCUGGGAGUCCUUCGUGAUAUCAGCUGAUAGAUCUACUGGUACACAUACGCUACACACUGUGAUACGAUACUCAACUGACGGAUCGGAGGCUCAGACUAGUGGAAGUUUCAGAAGUCUACUUCGAAGACGGUGCCAGGUGUUGGUAAAAUCCCUCGUGAUGUCGUAAGUUUAUUUUUGGAAAAUGUUUACUUGAAAAGAUGUUUUAAGUUUCCGUUUGAGAGAGAUAUUUUUUGGAGUAUUUACUGUGAAAUUGUAUUUGACAGGGUUUUGGAGAAAUGGAGCAGCUAGAAAUGUUUUGGGAAAUAUUUAAGAAGUCCUUACAGAUUGUUGGUGAGGUGAAAAUUAUUAUGUAAUGAGUUUAAUUAGUCUUUUUGAUUGAUCAUACAAUACCAUUAUUGAAUUUUAAUAUCAUAUUGUGCAAAAAAGUGAAGUACACAAUAAAACACUAAGGUGUUCAGUGUUCACAUUUUGUAAAAUAAAUUAAUUCCAGAAGAUCGUUCUUGUGGUGAGGAAAGGCAAACAUGGGUACUAGGAUGGAAUGCUGACAUUGGAGUUGUGUAGUUAAUUAUGGUUUGAGACUGGAAAAAGUAUCAAUUAAAGGUCAUAUAGUUUGUUUGUGGAUAAAAUUUAAUACAGGUUUUGUGGACACCUUGAAAGUCAAACUGCAAAAAAAAACUUUUUUGCAAGUACUGUACAGUAGAGUCCCGCAAACUUGGCGUAAUGUGGACUGGAAGGGUGCCGAGUUUGUGAAAUGCCGGGUUAUCGGGAACUAGAGUUAAAAAUAAGAACAAUACAAUUUUUAAGCUUUUUAACCGCCUUUUUUAAUUAGAUUUAUAUUAUAAGUCAUCGGAUAUAGUACAACAAAUCCUCAGUACGAGUUACAAAUGAUUAUACUAGAGCUGACUUGUGUCCACUGUUUAACUCGGACUCAAAAAAUCACUAAUUUUCUGAGCCAGGUGAUGGCCGAGUUAUCCAGACUGCCGGGUUAUCGAGUGCCGAGUUUGCGGGACUCUACUGUAUUUGCCAAUAAUUGCUAUAGUACACUAUGUACAGCAGAAGAAAAUGCUAGUGCUAUUUUAAAACUUGAAAAGCAUAGUUCAGACAAACUUGAAUUUUGAUUAAACUGUUUAAUGAGUUAUUUCAAUCUUUGAACUACUUGAAACUUUAUACCAUCACUAGACUGCUAUGACAGUUUAAUUAUUAUUAAAUUUAGCAAACAGGAAAAGUGACUAUGUAUUUGGUACCUUUUUGUGUAUGCAAACUUACAAUUACAAAACGUCAUUUUGUAACCAUGGAGAAGUAAGGUACAGAGGAAACACACUUAUGGGACCAGUACGCUUUCAGCACUGGUAUGUUGAGCGGAAAUAUACUUGUGACGGGCAAGGUAGAGACCGAGCGGCAAACACUGUGUUCCAAUCGCACAGGGCACAGGGUCUUCUCCACCAUGAGCGUUGUAAUAUAUGAGGGUGAGGAGGGUCAUGUUGGACUUUGUCCUAGACACCAUUUAAGACGGUGUUACACUAUCGAUCUUUUCCCCGAACAAGACCCCGAACCGAGCAGGGAGAAGGGAGAAGGGAGAAUGUUCGAUAGUGUGUCACGGGUCCGUACACCGAUCCAGACAUCAGGCCGAGCAGGGAGACGAGCGCUCUGGAGGCGGUUUUUUGGCAAAAGAUCAAAGAAAUGAUCGGUCCGAUGUACGGAGUGAUGUACGAUAGUGUGUCACGGUACAUUUUUGCCCCGUACAUCGUCGCGAGCGCCGCAACGAGCGGCCGCCUGCGCUAGCGUUGAUAGUUCUAAUUUAAUAUGGCAAUUAAACUCUUUAAUUGCUAAAAUAAAUAAAUGUUGGGUAAUAUUUUGCCGUUAUAUAUUAUGGACAUUUAUGUUGUAAUUUUGUUGUUUGUUUGGUCAAGGUUGAAAAUGUAUUUUACAAGUUGA